AUGCGUCUGGCCUACUACAAAUGUUUGUUCCUUUGCAUCUCUCCAGCCUUUAAAGCAAUUAUCUUGACCUUGAGGAUCAAGGCCCUUUGUUCUUUCAGCAUGACUUCAUCAGAAGAUUACCUUCGACAGGACUGGAGGAUAGUCCAUGACAUUCCAAUGGUCUGUGCAUUUUCAUACCACUGGGAAAGGAUUGAGAACUUCCAGAGCAGGCCAGAUGACCUCGUGAUAGUCACGUACCCCAAAUCUGGCACUACAUGGAUAAGUGAAAUUGUGGACAUGAUUCUGAAUGAUGGAGAUCCUGACAAAUGCAAGCGGGAUGCAAUUUUCAACAAAGUGCCCAUGUUGGAAUUUGCUACCCCUGGAAAGAUGCCACCAGGUACAGAGCAACUGGCCAAGACGUCAUCUCCUCGUUUAGUGAAAACCCACCUCCCAGUCCAGCUCCUUCCAAUGUCCUUCUGGGAAAAUGGCUGCAAGAUGAUCUAUGUUGCCCGAAAUGCCAAAGAUGUAGCUGUCUCCUUCUACCAUUUUGACCUGAUGAACCAGCUGCAUCCAGAGCCUGGCACGUGGGAACAGUACGUUGAGAAAUACAUGGCAGGCCGAGUUGCGUAUGGUUCCUGGUAUGACCAUGUGAAAGGCUGGUGGGAGAAGAGAAAGGACCAUCCCAUUUUAUACCUGCUCUAUGAGGACAUGAAAGAGGAUCCAAAGCGUGAAAUUCACAAGGUGAUGCAUUUCCUGGGGAAGGAUCUGAAGGAAGAGGUUCUGGACAGGAUUGUCUAUCACACUUCAUUUGAAAUGAUGAAAGAGAAUCUCACCACAAAUUAUAAGAUGGUCCCAAAUGAUAUUAUGGAUCAAAGCAUCUCCCCUUUCAUGCGUAAAGGGAUUGCUGGGGACUGGAAGAAUCACUUCACUGUGGCCCAGAAUGAGACAUUCAAUGAAGAUUACGAGAGGAAAAUGGCUGGGACCACACUGCAGUUCCGAACAGAGAUCUGA